CUCAACCUCUCUCACUUUUCAUCUACCUCUUCCUCCCCUCCCCCUCAUCCAUUUUCAGAUCUGAUUUCUCUCACUUUUCCAUCUUCGAUGCGGCAAAUUACAAACAACAAUUUUUUUUUUGUCCAACUCCGGCCACCGGCGGAUGACGACAACCCUCACAUAUCUGAGGCUAAUGGAUGGAGAUGGCGGCGUCGGAAUUAUAGAUGGUCGGUGGUGACCCUGGAACAAGGCAGCAGCGAAGAUGGUGGUGGUGGCGGCGUCAAACGACAGCUGAGACCGGCGGCGUCCGACGACGGUGAAGACUGGCGGUGUCCAGCGACGGCAGAGAUUGUCGGCGUCCGGCGGUGGCAACGUCCAGCAUCUGGCGGCGGCGUUAAGUGGCGGCGUAGGACAGUGGUUAAGGGUGGCGGUUAGUGGUGCAGGUACUGCCCCUGAAUGGUGUCGGCGGCAACUUGUGGUUGGGGAAGGAAAAUACGUUGUUGACUUGUUGUGUAAUGCAUUAAUUAGUUUAUUAUUAUAUUUUGUAUUUUUACUAAAUAAGUUUGACUAUUCAUUAAGGGCAUUUCUGUCCCUUACUCAUAAUUUGCGUAUGAUGUUAGAUAGGAGUCCUAC